UUAAUAUAUUUAUAAUUGGUAUCGGAAACACGUGGUGUUGUUUGUUUACGUGUUUAGAAAGUAUUUAUAGUAUCUAAGAUUUGAUUGGAUUUUUACGAUUGAUAUGAGUUCAAAUGAAAUCGUGCGGAACAGGUAGUUUACCUGUGUCCAGGUAUUAAGAAUUAGAAGUUAUUCGAGGUUUCGCUGCGCUUAGUGCAACAAGUAAAAAGUCGAAUAGAUGUCUCGGCAAAAAACAGAUUUCUUGGCCCAAUACCGGGAGGAAGAUGAGUCUCUAGACGAAACUGUACUACAAGAACCCGCUGGUGAACGGAAAACCACUCGCAAGACGGCUAAUUCUGAGGAGACCUCUGGAUACUCUAGUCCCCGUGUAAGUGCGGACUUGGCCGAUACAUUCAACCUGUUCAAGUCUUACCUGGACAACAAACUUGAUACUCUCAAGGAGGAACUCUCUACGGGUAACGACAUCGAAAAUUUAACAAAAACCAUUAAAAAAGAGGUCUCUGUAAAAUUCAAGAGUGAAGGGAACAAAAUUCAGUUUAACUUUAAUACUGAAAUAUUGGGUGAUUUGAAUAAACUUAAAAAGCGCAUUUCAGAUUCUUCCACAUUGAGCAUCGUUACAGAGCUCAUUUCCAAGGUUACUAAACGUAACAAGCUCAUCAGGAUCGCUGAUAAAUCUCCGGCCGGGUGGUCGACAGUCUGUGAGUAUGAAAGUGAUGAUUUGGCGUCCGACUCUGAGGACGAAAAACGUCUACGUCAAGCUGAAAACCGAGCAUUACGAGCUAUCAAAGAAAAACGCCGUUUUCAGCCAUACUCCAAGUCUGGUUCUGCAACAACUUCGCUACCUGAUGGUAGGUCUGGUGGUUCUGGCCGUAAUUUUCGUCCCUACAAGCGUAAGGAGGCCUCUCCAUACGACGUGUGCUACAACUGCCAUAAGCUCGGCCAUUGGAAAUCCGCAUGCACUGCCCCAGCCAGAACCAACAAACCAAGCACAAGCUCGUCAACCCAGUGAUUAUGAGAAUCAUACCACCACGCAUGAGACUAAAUAAUAACAAAUCUGCAAUGAAAAACCAACAAUUUGUUGAUCAGUCUGUUUCAGAUCUUCUUGAGAGCGGCUGCGUACAAGAGGUUCCUUUUCAGCCACAUGUGGUCAGUCCACUAAGUGUUGCAGAAAUAAAGGGUCUGGUAAAAAGAGACUUAUUCUGGAUUUGAGUCAAUUGAAUUAUUUUGUAGACAAAAGAAAAGUAAAGUUUGAAGACUGGCGUAUUGCUUUGAAUUUUUUCAACAAAGAUUGUUUUCUGUUUAAAUUUGAUCUAAAGUCAGGCUACCACCACAUAGAUAUUUGUAAAAUUCAGAUUACUUUUCUUUCAUUCUGUUGGAAAGAUAAGUUUUAUUGUUUCAAUGUUUUACCUUUUGGUCUAACGUCUGCACCUUAUAUUUUUACCAAGUGUCUAAGACCCAUCGUGAAGUAUUGGAGAAGCUGCGGAAUUGACAUUGUUUUGUAUCUGGACGACGGUCUUGGUUUUGGUAAAGAUUUACAAACGUGUGUUAAAGCAUCAAAUUUAGUUCAAGAGACUUUAGAAAAAGCAGGUUUGCUAAUUAAUAUUGAAAAGUCUAUUUUUCAGCCUGUCCAGUGUUUGGAGUGGUUAGGGUUGGUAUGGAAUACCAGUGUAUUUUCUCUACGUAUACCUGAAAGACGACUUUCUGAUGCUCAGAACUCGAUAGAAUUACUUAUUGAUAGAUUUCCCAACUUUACAGCUCGAGAUCUCGCAAAAGCGGCUGGGAAAGUUAUUUCCAUGUCACCAGUUGUUGGUAAUGUAACAAGUUUGAUGACCAGACACAUUUAUUUAGCUAUAGAGAGCAGAAGUCAUUGGGAUUGCUUAAUCAGUUUUUUAUUUCCAGAAGCAGUAAAAUCAGAGUUGCACUUCUGGAAGGAAAAUCUUGAUAAGUUGAAUCAGAAACUGUUAGUUAAAGACUCGUUACCAAUAACGCUUGUGUUUUCAGAUGCCAGUGACGUUGCAGCUGGUGCAUAUACUGUAGAAGCUGACGAAAAGGUUUUUCAUAAAACUUGGUCAUUGAAUGAAUCUGUUAUGAGCUCCACGUGGAGAGAACUUAAAGCUAUACAGUUAGCUUUAGAGUCAUUUGCCAGUUCAUUUAUUGGAAAGAGUUUACUUUGGCAUACUGACAAUCAAAAUUGUGUAAAAAUUGUACAACGAGGUAGCACUAAAUUACAUUUACAAGAUUUAGCUUUAGACAUUUUUUCUAAAUGUGUUGAAAAUUCUAUUUCGUUGAAAAUUUGUUGGAUACCUAGAAACCAAAACACAAAAGCAGAUUAUUUGUCUAAUUUAGUCGAUUAUGAAGAUUGGCAAACAACUCAAGAGUUUUUUAGUUUUGUUGACCAAAUGUAGGGUCCUCAUACUAUUGAUAGAUUCGCAAGUGUGUAUAACACAAAGUUAACGAGGUUUAACUCCCUUUUUUGGUACCCGGAGACUGAAGCAGUUGAUGCUUUUACUCAAAACUGGUGUUUUGAAAAUAAUUGGUUAGUACCACCUAUUUGUCUUGUGAGUAAAGCUAUAAAACAUGUAAUAGCGUGUAAAUGUGUGGGUACAUUAAUUGUUCCAAAAUGGCCGUCUGUUGCAUUUUGGACGUUACUGUUUGAUGAAAAUAUGAAGUAUAAACAGUGUGUAGUUGAUGUUUUGGAAUUUUCUCCAUAUCAGAAUAUUUUUAUGCAUGGCAAAAAUUUGAACAGCCUGUUUGGCUCUGACAGCUUUAAUUCUAGAGUAUUAGCUGUAAGACUCAGUGGAGUCUGAUGACAUGGCCUUAGAAGGCAUGGUCUGUGUACAUAUUAAUGUUUGAAUUUAUUUUGUGUUUAUUUUGACAAGGCCAAGUUUAUGGCAAGGUCAAGUUUUAUUAUUAGAUUGACAUGGCCCUUAAUUAGAAUGCAUUUCUUUUUAAGCCGGCACGGUCAGGAAUGGAAAGACAAGGCCGUGCUUAUCGACAAGGUCUACUGCGACAAGGCUUGGGUUUCCAAGCAUGGUCGGUAAUAUCACUUUUAUUUUAGUUUUGCAGAUGUUUUCAAAACUGGAAAUUGGAUUUCGUUAUGGAGGACCUCUCAUCCCUCCUUACAAUCGCUGGCAAAGAAACUUCCGGAUUUAAUCAUGAAUUCCAAGGCUGAAAACACAAGAAAAACGUACGGAUAUGCCUUCAAUAAAUUUCGUAAGUGGUGUUUUACACAUAAUAUUUCAUAUCUUCCUGCAACGGAUUUCCAUGUAUCGUUAUAUUUAACAAGUCUCAGUAAUACAUGUAGCAGUGCAGGGACAAUUGACGAGGCUUUUUAUGCAAUUAGCUGGGCGCAUAAAUUGGCGGGAUUUCCUAAUCCCUGUUCAUCCGAACUUACUAUUUCAGCCAGAGAGGGAUGCCAUAGAACUAUCGGGAAACAGUUGAUAAAUAAAAAAGAACCUAUUACCUCCAAUAUACUGAAACAGUUGUGUGCUAUUUACGGAGGUGAAUCGUGUUCUUUGUUAGAUAU